ACUGUUUUAACCCAACAGUGGUUUUAAACACUGUUUUAACCGAAAAGUGUUUGAAACCAUUGCUUUGGGUUAAAACACUUUUGGGUUAAAUGUUUGAAACCACUGUUUUAACCCAAAAGUGGUUUCAAAACACUGUUUUAACAACACUGUUUUAACCCAACAGUGGUUUCAAACACUGUUAACCCAAAAGUGGUUUCAAAACACUGUUUUAACAACACAUUUUUAACCCAACGGGGUUUUAAACACUGGUUUAACCGAAAAGACUGGUGGUCCCACCUCACAUAACAAGUAUGUGCAAGCUGAUGAUGGCCCCACAUUAAUAAAUAAUGCAAAUUCAGCAGUUAUGGCCUUUCCAGAUGCGAUGACUCUAUCAUCUGUCGACAUUUACCGUAAAAAAUAUGACAUAAUAGCAACGGGUGAUAAUGUUCCAGCUCUAUUCAUGUCAUUUGAGUCCACUAGACUUCCUGCAAAGUUAUUGAGCGAGGGUGAUAAUGUUCCAGCUCUAUUCAUGACAUUUGAGUCCAUUAGACUUCCUGCAGAGUUAUUGAGCGAGAUAUAUGCAGCUGGUUUUGCAUCGCCUACACCUAUUCAGGCACAAACAUGGCCUCUUGGUUUUAUGUAUCAUGAUGCCCAUUAUGUAAGCCAGAUAUGAAGAAUUUAUGGAAGAAAUGUGAUAAUGAAGAUUUUAUGGUUAAACAAGUCAAACAAGUUAAGCCAGAUAUGAUCACUGCAAAUGAAUUACCCCAGCACUCUCCAGGUUUCUAAUUGAAUAACUGGGCUACUUCAAAGGGCAACAUGUUUGUGUGGCGUGCAAUUAUCGGCAAAAUACCAACAGCCGCUGGCAAAGCAAGGUGUAAUAUGACGCUUUAUUUGUAUUUUGUUAUAUUUUAUUUAUACACAAAUGAUUUAUCUAAAUUACUUUCUCGAGCCCGGGAAGCAAUCCCGGGUAAAAACCUAGUU